GGAGGAGCUGAACAGGCUUAACCAGGCCGUCCAGCGGCUGACUGCGGAGGUGGCCGGCGCUGAGAGUCAGCCCUGUGAACUAGACAGAGCCACGGAGCCACGAGCUCAGCAGGAGGAGGGUGCCUUGGACAGUGCCCAGGGCAAGCUGGCCUGGCUGGAGGCCGCCCUGCAGCGAGCCAAGCACGACAUGGUGCGCCAGCUGCGUGAGUACCAGGAUCUCAUGAUCGUCAAGCUGGGCCUGGACUUUGAGAUCGCCACCUACCGCAAGCUUCUGGAGGGCGAGGAGAGCAGGCUUGGUCUGGGAUUUGGGGCAGGGAGCUUCUCACUGGGCAGCGCUCCACCCUGCGGGCUCGGCUCAGCCUCGGGCCCCGCCCGCCUGCCGCCUCCCGGCGCGGGCUCCGGCGCCCUGGAGACGAGCGCCCCUGGCGGCGGCUGCGCGCUCUGCGGCUCCCCCGGCUGCCUCGGCGGCUUCGGCUGCGGCGGCGCCCGCGGAUGUUGA